UGGUGUGAAUGGUAAAUUUAGUUCUGAGGGAUAAAAUCCGAUAGAUUUUGACCAACUGGUGGGUUCACAGGCGGAGGCCGCUUCUUAAGCUCUUUCAUGUACUUCUUAAUGUCUCCCCUGUUCUCUUCAAUCUCUUGGAGAAGGUUAUAACCAUUAACUUCACUUAGCUUUUGACGAAUUAUUAAGCUUAUAGUAAAUCUCUUUUGGUAGUCUAUUCGGAGCACUCGAACCCAAAAGAGGUACAGGCCGGUUAGAGAUCAUAUUAAAAAGAUUAUAAAUCAUCUCCAUAUUAGGAAAACCAUAUCUUUCAAAGGUUUUGUUGGCAUACUUUGCUUGGUAAUAAAGAAAACUACAAAAUAGAGGAUAAAUACCAGAAUGAUAAAAAUGAAAAAGUAUUUUAGUUUAUCUCAAUAAAUGUCUAUCACAUCUUCAUCAGGUUCUGGCUCUUCUUGAACUUCUUUCUUGACAUAGUCAUUUUCGAUAGCCCAUUCAACCCAUUUUUGAUCGUACAUUUGAUGACAAAUUUCUCACUCAAUUGCUCCUGAUUGUUUAAUCCACUCUUCGAUGCAUGAUAUAUGAACAUAUUUGAUAGAUCCUUGGCAUGCUCAUGGCAUGCAGGCAUCAUUGGUAACAUCUACUAUUUGGAGCAUUCAGAUCCUACAGCUGAUAAUAUUGGAUGAAGUGCUUUGUCUUCGGAUAUGCUCAACAUUGUCUCUAAUACUCAACUGCCUUGAUAGUUUUCUUCUAUCCAUAAAGCUUGGUCCUUUUGAAAUUGUCCUUCUAAAAUGAAAUGUUUUGCCAGUAAAGUUAAAAGCCAUGCUAUUGGUUCGCCGGGAUUGGUUCCUUGCAAUCGUUCGAGCAUCCAUAGUACUGUUCAUUGCUGUGAAUUUUUGCUUAGACUUCCUCUCAUCAAAAGUUUUUAUUGCUCCGGUAGUUUCCCAUUUUCUAAAGAAUCUACUCUAUUGUCAAUUUCUGUUUCAAAGUGAUUGUUUUCCUUCUUCUCGAGAUUUACCGAAUUAUGUUUAUUAUGAAAUGAACUUGAGAAUCCAAAGGAUCUUGAGAAGAUAGAGCUUGAUCGUUGUAGUCCUCCACCAUUCUCUCAUCCCAUUGCUUCUGCAGCCGAAGUAAAGUUUUUCUUUGGACCUCUUACCCCAUUAUUCAUUGUUCUGAAUAGCCCUGAAAGGUCUGGCUUAGUGCUGUUAAAAUUAAGAUUAUUAUUUUGCUGGCUUGAGGUUCCAAAGCCAAAGAAGUCAAAGGUCUUCUCAAUACUGAGAUUAUUCCUUCUACCUCCUCUUUUGUUAUUAACUUUAGGACCAAAAGGACUUGAAUCUGUAUAAUCGAAGUUGUGAGGCUGAUCUCUUUGCUGUUUAUUCAUACCGACUAGCUCUGUCUUAGUCCUGGCAUGCUUCUUCUUGCCUUUAAUAUGCUUCGAACUAAACUGGACUUUGGAUCGCUUAUUGUUAAAGUUCGCAUUUGGGCUCUGGUUCUUUG